CCUGAUGCUGGUGAGAUGGAUGACUCUCAGGACGAGCACGGCCAAAGACUAGCAGGACCUGUUGUUAUUGAGGUAGAGAAGGUCACAGCCUUUGACUCUAGUGACCUGGCAAUGGGAGAUAUCAGUGAACAUGAUGUGUCUAAGGAAAAGACAACCAUGAUUCAAGUUGGCGAAGGGGAGUAUGUUUCUGUGGGCAGAGAAGGACUUCUUCUUUCACCUUCCAUCAUGGCACAGUCUGAAGGUCAAGAUGCCAUGAGAGUUGCCUGGAGGAUGGGCAAUCAAACGGAUUCUGAAAAUAAGCUGCAGCUGUUUGUAGUCAACAUUGUUGGGGCCAAGUUUUCCAGUGACAUCAGCAGUGAUAUCAG